CCUUAUUGGUCUAUUGCGGAUUUGCACGUUAUUGCUGGAAGCGUCUCACUCUAACGGUUUCCACUAUGUCAUCCUGCGACGUUGUAGCGUUGUUAUGUAAGGAAACUUAAAUCGGCUUGUGAAUUUUUCGUAAAAGGUAUUGACUAAAGUGUGAAUAUUUGCCCAAAAAGAACUGUAAGGACGAUAGCCAGUUUUUCUUCACAUGACCUGUACAGUCGAGCCCCCAUUAAGCGACCACCUAUUGAACGGCCGCCUCUAUUAGGCGGCCAGUAAUCAUAGUCCCGCUGAGGGUUUUUCUAUUGCUUUUACCUCUAUUAAACAGCCAGCCCCCUCUAAGCGGCCAUUUCCCCGAGGGUGGCCGUUUAAUGGGAGUUGAACUGAAGUUACACUGAAGUUACCGUCUUCCCAUAGCGGGAAUGUUUUUUGGGUGAAAAAAGUUCCAUUUUGUAUCCAAUUUUGUACUGUCACUGAUCAGUAGUUCGUGCGGAUGAGAUCGAUUUCUUUCUCUUUUUUUUACAUCAUUUGAUGUUAGAAGAUUAACGAAGGCAGUUCGCUCAAAACCUUAUAACGUUUUCUUUUUUUUUUAUCGGAAUAUAACUUGUCGAUUAAAUAAACACGUACAUGGAUUUUAAUUCACGUCAAAAUGUUUGAAUGCUAGUGACUCGCGAUAUUUGAUUUAUUUGUUUUGUCUCCCACGUAUCGAAAUAUAACCAGUACCCUUCUGUUUCAGAUUAUCCACCGAGACCUGGCAGCUCGUAACGUGUUGGUUGGUGAAAAAGAAACAUGUAAAGUGACAGACUUUGGAAUGGCCAGAGAUGUUCAAGAGGACAACGUUUACGAACGAAAAUCAAAGGGGCGUCUCCCUGUUAAGUGGACUGCGAUGGAAGCACUGCUUUAUGGGACAUAUUCAACAAAAAGCGAUGUGUGGAGUUAUGGAGUUCUCCUUUACGAGAUUUUCACGAUAGGUGGCUCACCAUAUCCACGGAUGGAUGGCAGAAAAAUUGUACGUUGUCUACAGCAAGGACACAGAAUGUCGAAGCCAAAACACGUGGAUGAAAAAUUAUAUGGAAUAAUGACGAAAUGUUGGCAAGAAAACCCAGAUGAAAGACCAACAUUUACUGAAUUGAGGAUUGAACUCAAAGAAAUGGAAAACCAACACAAGAGGUUGAUCAACAUGGAAAUGUAUGACAAGAAGUUCUACGCAAACGUUGAAGAUUUAGUCGUGUAGGAGAACUAACGGUUCUUUUCAUAAUAAUGGUGUAGAAGACAGUACUUACUGACUGUAUAGACACUGUAACAGUUACUCCCAUAACUUAUCAGAAUUAGUGCUGUGAUGACAUAUUUUGGUUUUGGAAUUUAGAUUGUUAGAAGAUAUGCAUUUAGUUUGAAACCGUUUGUUUAGACACCCAAAAUUUCCUCAGUAGGAAAGAAAUGAACUUUGAUGGAAUUAUUUCACACGAGCUCGCGAAAAAUAAAAGAUUUGUUUG